AUGAGACACUGGAGCACAAUCUCAGCAACUGCUCAAAGGCACUGGGGGAGGGACAAUACAGAUGGAGGCCUAGCCAUCACCAUCAUCAGAGCUGGGGGACAGCCAAGACCCAUUGCAAAACCAUCUGCAGCCAUUCUGACCUCUGAGAGGGACUGGCAGCUGAUGGUGGACUGUGACUGGCAACUGAAUUUUCCAAACCAUAUUAUGACCACCACCUUGAGACCAGACAUUCUCCCAUCCAAGUCCACCAAACAAGUAGCUCUGUUAGAGCUGACAGUACUUUCAGAAGACUGCUUAGAAGAGGCCUUUGAAAGGAAAUUCAUGAAAUACGAGCCCAAGACCAAUAUCACUGCUGGACUGCAAUAUCUAACGCCACAGGAUGUAAUGAUGUUUGGCAUCUUAUCAAUGGGAUCAAGCUGCUCUUUUCUCUAUAUUAACAGUGUUUUGCUGUUCACCCUGAGGAGUAAGCAGGUGUUUUGUGAGACAUCUCGUUACAUCCUGCUGUACAACUUGCUCUUUGCAGACACUGCUCACAUGGCAACAUCAGUUCUGCUUUACUUACUGGCAUCUUUACGGAUAAAACUGACAUAUUUAGCAUGUGGUGUCCUUGUCUUACUCUCAAAUUUCACAGAGACAAUCUCCCCUCUCACCUUGGCUGUGAUGUCACUUGAGAGAUAUGUGGCUGUAUGUUAUCCACUGAGGCAUGCUACUGUCUUCAACAUGAGAAGCACAGGCAUAGCCAUUGCAGUUGUGUGGUCUUUCAGUUUGAUCAACAUUGUCAUUCGUGGUUUCAUGUUGUUAUAUUUGUUCACAGACUUCUCCCUAAUUCAGUUGCGUGACUUUUGCUCUAAAGAUUCAUAUUUUACUGCACCUAUGUUUAAUGAUUUUGAAGAAGUGUAUGCCAACACUCUCUUUCUGUCAGUAGGUGUGGUAAUCAUCGGCUCCUACAUUGGUGUAGCACUCGUAGCCAGGUCUGUCUCAACAGACAAAGCAUCAGCUAGAAAGGCUCUUCAGACUCUCCUGCUUCACAUGAUUCAGCUAAUCCUGAUUCUCACCUCCACCUUCAUCUCUACCAUCUUCAUAACCCUUGCUAAAAUAGUGGGGAGAUUGGCCCUUAUGCGUAUUUACAAUGCAUGCUUUGUGUGCUUGAAUAUCCUUCCAAGGUGUCUGAGUGCUCUCAUUUAUGGUCUCAGGGAUCAAACUAUCAGAGCAGCCCUCAUGCGGAAUCUGUGCUGUCAGUGCAGAUGUUCAGUUAUAUUCAGGAAGAGCCAGUAA